UACCACAAAACACAAAACUGUUUCUCUCACUCAAAUUACACUAUAAAAUUCACAGAGAGCCUCUCUCUCCAUUUCUCUCUCAGCUUCUAGUCUCUCUAAUGGCUCUCUCAGCUUCUUCUCCAUCUUCUUCUUUCCUUCGCGGUUCUUUCUCUUCGCACGAGCUCAAAGCUCCAUGGAUCCAUUCAGUUCGUCUGUUGGAUCAAUGCUCAGUGCUUAGGGAUUCCUACUGCCGGAAAUUCUUAGUAAAACCAAUUUGUGCAAAACAGAAAAUAAGCGACUCGGUUGUUCCUCUUGCAGCAACUCUUGUUGCUCCAGAAGUUGAAGAUAGAAUAGAGACAGAAGAUUAUGAGAAAUUAGCAAAGGAGAUGGAACAGGCUUCCCCUCUUGAAAUUAUGGACAAGGCCCUCGAAAAAUUUGGCAAUGACAUUGCAAUUGCAUUCAGUGGAGCUGAAGAUGUGGCCUUGAUUGAGUACGCCAAGCUAACUGGUCGGCCCUUCAGGGUGUUUAGCCUGGAUACUGGGAGGCUAAACCCAGAGACAUAUCAGUUCUUUGAUACCGUUGAGAAGCACUAUGGUAUUCAAAUUGAGUACAUGUUCCCUGAUGCUGUUGAAGUUCAAGCUCUGGUGAGGAGUAAGGGUCUCUUCUCCUUUUACGAAGAUGGACACCAAGAGUGCUGUAGGGUCAGAAAGGUUAGGCCGUUAAGGCGGGCACUUAAAGGUCUCCGAGCCUGGAUCACUGGGCAAAGAAAAGAUCAAUCACCAGGAACAAGGGCUGAAAUUCCUGUUGUCCAGGUAGACCCAUCUUUUGAAGGAAUGGAUGGUGGAGUCGGUAGCUUGACGAAGUGGAAUCCUGUGGCCAAUGUUGAAGGUCAGGACAUAUGGAACUUCCUUCGAGCCAUGAAUGUACCUGUUAAUUCUUUGCACUCACAGGGAUUUAUCUCAAUUGGAUGUGAGCCAUGCACAAGGUCAGUCCUACCUGGGCAGCAUGAGAGGGAGGGAAGGUGGUGGUGGGAGGAUUCCAAGGCUAAGGAGUGUGGCCUUCACAAAGGGAACAUCAAACAAGAAGAGGUGGCUCAACUAAAUGGCAAUGGAAAUGGCGCUGAACCCACAAAUGAGAGUGACAGAGUCACUGACAUCUUCAACAGCCAGAAUUUGGUUACCUUGAGUAGAUCUGGGAUAGAGAACUUGGCUAGACUGGAGAACCGAAGAGAACCCUGGGUCGUUGUGCUUUAUGCACCAUGGUGCCGCUUCUGCCAGGCUAUGGAAGAAUCCUAUGUUGAAUUGGCAGAGAAGCUGGCCGGGAGUGGGGUGAAGGUGGGAAAGUUCAGGGCUGAUGGUGAGCAGAAGGCGUAUGCUCAACAAGAGCUGCAGCUAGGAAGCUUUCCCACAAUACUCUUUUUCCCCAGACAUGUGGCCAGCCCCAUCAAGUAUCCCUCGGAGAAUAGAGAUGUUGAUUCAUUGAUGGCUUUCAUAAAUGCUCUACAAUGAUGAUGAUAAAUUGGUACCCCUUCUAGCAAGAAUUGAGAGUUUGGAUGCUCAAAUAGAAAAUAUAUUAUAUAGGAGUUGCUAGGAUGCUUACUACCAUGGGCAUCAGUGGAAAUGCACCAGUGUUAGAAGUUGUGUAUCUAAGGUACACAUAAUUCUUUUCCUUGUGGUGGUGGUGGUUCCUUCAACACAGUGAAAAUCAUCCUGAGAUUUGACGCAAUUCAUAAUUUUGUAGAAUAGAAAUUAUGUAAGAUCGAUCCUCUUGUCGAUCUCUUCAUGGUUUUCAGAAUUCAGAAUAAAAGAUCACAGCUCUAACUUGCAGCAGUGUAAAUUGAGCUUAAAUUGUAUUUUCAUUUUCCUGCUUACUAGUUGUAGUUUACUUCAAGCAGUUAGUAAAUGUGAUUGAAAGGUUUGUAGGCCA